ACGAGAGCAAGGGAUCGCAAUAAAUAGGAGAGGCGGGAGCUGGCUCCACGCUAGAGCAUCAGUUACCCAGGGCUGGCUGGGUCGUUCUUCCUCUCUGCGGCAUCCUUGGCACCCACAGCAUGGCAGCAGGCAUGGCAGCACACGGCGGCUGGAUCCUUGGGUUGGUGGCUCUCUGUGUCUGGAGCACCCAGCAGGUUUCUGGUGAUUAUCAGGUCAUGGACUGCUGUGUGAGAACUAGCUCAAUGCCCAUUCCUGCCAAAGUUGUCCGAGAUUACCGGGACCAGUAUGUUCAAGACGGCUGCCCAGUCCGGGCUGUGAUUUUCAUCACCAUCAGAGGGAGGAACCUCUGCGCCCCUCCCCAUACCCCGUGGGUGAAGCAUCUGAAAGAGACGUUGAACCGCCGAAACCAUAACAGGAGAGCCCAGUUCCAAGUGGCUUCCCCCUUGCCCCACCCCUUUCCCAGGGAAAAUGUACUCUUUGGUGCUAAAUCGGAGUAA